AAAGGUCGGUUUGGUAUAGAAACCCAUGGGCCCCCCACGUCGGCUCCUUCCAGGCUUCCCACGCUCUCUUCAGCCAAUAUUUAUAUAAUACCAUCUUGUAUUCCCUCCGUUAGACUCACUCUUCGUCAUCCUUUCUCUUCCUCCCUGUCUGAAAAUUUUUGACGGAGUGUGUGUAGUUUAAGCUGAGAGGGUGCGCGGGACAAGGUUUACCAUCGUUCCAACAUGAUGCUUAAUAAUAAAAUUUUAUUUCUAUCAGCUUUGUUUUGCAUUAGUGUAGCAGGGGUUUUAGGCCAAGCUCCUACUGCUCCUCCUACAUCCACGCCGACCCCUCCAACGCCACCUGCUUCUACUCCGCCUACUCCCACCGUCACUCCACCACCGGCUUCAACUACUCCUCCUGCUUCAUCACCACCUCCAGUGACAGCUUCUCCACCACCGGUUUCAACUCCUCCACCCAGCUCUCCUCCUCCAGCAACUCCCCCACCCGUUAGCUCGCCACCACCAGCUACUCCACCUCCCGCCACUCCUCCACCGGCUUCUCCACCUCCCGCCACUCCACCACCUGCUUCUCCUCCACCCGCUACUCCUCCCCCGGCAACUCCUCCUCCAGCAACCCCACCGCCAGCUCCAUUGGCUUCUCCUCCAGCCACAACUCCAGCUCCCGCACCCAGCAAGAAGAAAGCUAAGUCUCCAGCGCCAUCUCCCUUGACCUCGAGCCCGCCGGCUCCACCAACUGAGGCCCCUGCACCUAGCCUCGGGGCUUCUUCACCAGGCCCAGCUGGCACUGAUGUGAGUGGAGUAGAGAAAAUAUGGUCCGUGCAAAAGAUGGUAGGGAGCUUGGUGUUGGGAUGGGCUCUCCUCAGUUUGAUGCUUUAGACAAGUCUCUCUGUCGGAGUCUUAGCUAUGUUUCGUUCCAGUGUUCAUUUACUUUGGGCCUUUCCAUUAUUACUGGCUGUAGUCUCUGAUGGGGCUUUUUACUAUUCGUAUUUGAGCUACAUUACAUCAUCAUAUAUCAUUCCGUUGUAUUCUUUGGGAGAUUUUUUUUUUUUUUUGAGAGGAGCUUUUUGGUGUAGCAGGGGAUAUAUAUGUUGGUGACUGCCUCCUUCUCUCAUGAUUGAUUUGUUUUUAAAUAGCCUGACGUUUCAUUAUUUCUUACUAUCUAUUUACUUGUUGCAUGGUCAAUUUAUCAAGAUUGACAUGAUACAAAGUGGAAAAACAAACAAGUAUUGAUGGCUUAUUUCUACUCAUGGAAAGGGUGAAAGAUGAAAAAGAAGGCAGAGGAAAUUGAUUUCUUAAGCAACUUCAAACUCAUCCAUUGUUCUUUAUUUUAGGUAGAAAAAGUUUUCGAAAUUUGAGUGGUGGUGGAGCAUGUGGAAAGAAAUUAUUGAGAAUCAUCAUGAAUUUAGCAAGAGUGGAGUUGGUGCAGUUAUGGUUAAAGCAUUAGCUGCUUCAUUUAUGGGUUCCCUUUUACCUUGGGAGAUCUGGAGUAGUUUGCCUUCGGCGUGUCUUUUAAGUUCUUCUUAAAGCUUGAACUUUA